AUGAAAGCUGCCAGCCUUUCCCCCUUCUUUGUGGCCACCGUGCUCCUCUCCUUCCCCCCAGCCCUGAGCUUGGAAGAGAGGACCCCUCUCGCCGGCUCCCGGCCUGGGCAGCAGCUGCAGCGAGAACCCCCCAGCUUCUCCCGGCUCCAGAGGAAGAGCCUGGCGGUAGAUUUCAUCGUCCCUUCCCUGUUCCGGACCUACCUGCGGGACCUGCUGCUGGGCGGAGGGGAAGCAGUGGGCUGGCUCCGGGCGCGCUGCAGCCUGGUGCUGGAGUGCUCGCCCCUGCUUCGGGCGGCGAACUCCUGGCUUCCCGGGGCCGGAUCCCCGCAGCAGCCAGCCCGGCCUCGAGCCCUCUCCAAGGUGCUGGAAGGGGGCUCGGUGCGAAAGCUCCGCCGAGCCAAGCAGCUGGUGCUGGAGGUGGGAGAGGGGAGCCUGCGGGAGGGCUGCGCCUGGGACCCGACCCAGGCAGCGGGCGAAGAAGCAGAGCCAGCUGCGGGCGAGCUGGAGUUUAACCUCACCGAGCUGUUCAGCUGGUGGAUCCGCUCCGGAGAAGGAAGGCUGAGGAUCCGGCUGAUGCCCGAGAGGAAAGCGGCAUUCAUGGGCAGGGAGAGCAGCUUAUCCGCGGCGAUCAGAGCCUCCCAGCCCCGCCUGCUCUUUCAGAUCUCCAGGAGAGGUGAGCAGUUGCGUUGCGUGCCCUGGCGUUAUAACUUGCGCCCGUAUAAGCUCAGUGUUUCCACCUAG